GGAGGCGGGGCUUGGGUGGGGAGGGGCUUGAGGCUCCCUACCGCGAUCUCGGGCCUCCCUGCCGGAUUUGACCCCGGAAGCAGGGUGUUGGGCUCCGGUGCGGUAGCGACGGGGGACUGCGGCGCUAGCCUCAGAUAGCAGCAAUGUUUCACUUCUUCAGAAAGUCUCCGGAAUCUAAAAAGCCCACAGUACCAGAGACAGAAGCCGAUGGAUUUGUCCUUUUAGGAGAUACGGCACAUGAGCAAAGAAUGGCAGCAAGAGGUAAAACUUCCGAAGAAGAAGGCAACCAACCUUUGGAGACUGGCAAAGAAAACUCAUCCAGUGUGACUGUAGCAGGCCCCGAGGUGGAAAAUAAGGCAGGCCAGACUUUGGAAAACAACUCAUUAAUGGCUGAACUCCUCAACGACGUACCCUUCACCUUGGCCCCACACGUGCUGGCUGUGCAGGGCACCAUCAGUGACCUUCCAGACCACUUACUCUCCUAUGAUGUCAGCGAAAAUUUAUCACGGUUUUGGUAUGAUUUCACUCUUGAAAAUUCAGUGCUCUGUGAUUUGUAAUCUUUAUGUCUAUUUGCACCUUAACAGCUUUCAACAAAGCUUUGCCUAUUUUAUUUAACCCGUUUGAUGUUCUUUGCCAUUUCACUGCUUAACCGUCCCCAGAAACGCAAGGAUCAUAAAGCAAAGAAAAUGUCAUUGUGUUCAUUACUCUGUUUUUUAGAAUAAAGGAUAUUUGUAUAAGAGUGGGACUAAAGUUCUACCUCCUUUCCCCCCAGAUAAUAAAUUUAAAACUUAGGCUAUCAAGGUUCUAUGAAAGGAUCAGACUUCAACCAGUCUCUCAAAAUAGAACACCUCAGGUUUGUCUUAGAAGAGCUGGCACUUUUCUUAGUUACCACGACUCUGAAGUCUGUGCUUCGAAUGGAGCGUGACUUGUCUGCUUUGGAGGAAGUUUGCGUUAAUGGUACUCCCUUUAUUCUUCCACAGUGUCUAUGAAUGAAUUCAGAAAAAAAAAAAAAAAUGUUGCCAGUUAGCUUAAUCUCUUCAGUCCGGAUUUAGACACUGGGGUGGAAAUGUAAAACUUUUCCUACAAAGCAGUGGUAGUUUGCUGACACACAGGUGUGGUACCUGCUCUGGAUGCUGUCUCUUUUGAGUGAUACAUAUCAGUUUCCUCCAACCCACGGCAGUCCUUGCCACCUUGAAUGGUUCCUGGGUUCCUGCCUUUGUUUUCUGCCUCGUUGCAGCUUCAGAGUGUGUGCUCUCACCAGCUUUCCAGGGAGCUUCCCCUGUUCCUGCUUCAGCUGGCAUUUGCUCUCCUUACCACAUAUGUUCCCAGUUUAUGAAGAGAUCCACGUUUCCUUUCAACCUCUCUGCCUCCUAAAGAAAAAUAUCUCAUGACGAUGCAUAUUAUUGCUGAUAACACCCUUAUUUAGAAAUUUUUUGGCCACAAUACAGAUGGGAAUGUUUUACUGCUAGAAAAACUAAAAUCGACUCAUUUCCAAUUAGAGUGUAGGCAAAACACCUAACUAGGACUUUCAGUUCUUGGCUAUCCCUUGUUUAUUCCAACUAAAACAGUACAGAACUGCCAUUGGUCAAUAAACUGUAAAGGGGAGAGGUAAACUGUGACAGAGUAUUUUCCAUGCCAUGGAAAAUUUAAAUCACAUUUGUUUUGAUUAGAAGCAAUACAAUUUAUUGAUUCUGUGCCAAAUUUUAAGUAUAUUUUUCACAAAGAUAGAGUGCCACAGCAAAACUAAACACUGUGCAAAAAGGUACGUGAAUCAUUCAAGUUUUAAUGUGUUAUGCAUGUUUGUUUAAUAAAUGUAGCAUGGUCUUGAUAAAAAUUGCGUAUUAUUUAAAAGUUAAAAGAACAUUUCUAUUGACAAAAAUAGGCUUCAUUUACAAAAAACAUUACCCCAUGAGAGGUGAUUGAUUACAUUCAAUCUUUACAUAGUUUUCAUAAAACAUCAGUCUAGGAAAUGUGACAUGUUACUAACACAAAUGUGAACAUUUUAUAGCAGUUUCUGUGAAAACAGCCUUUUCAAUAUCCAUGUUAAUGUACCUUGAGGCUAAAUGUUAAGUAUGUCAUCAAUUGGUCUAAUAUGUGUUAAAUUUUAUCUAAAAUACUCAUACAUUUCAUUUAUAUUUAUGUCUACCAUGUUAUAAAUAUGCUUGUAAGUAUUUUCAUUUGUCUAAAAUAAUUGUUAUAUUUAAAUAAAUGUGAAUUAAAAUAAACUGAUAUUUUGAUUAUUCUCAGA